AUGAGUCACUCAGAAACCGAAAAGGACGUCGCCAAGGGCCGGUCGUCCGAUGGCAGCGGCAACGGCGUCAAGCUCGCCACUGAAGAGGUGGACAAGUUCGAGAUCGCUCUCGACGCCAAUGACUCGGGUGAGGUCAAGAACCCACUGUACGGCGUGCCACGCAGCAAGCUCUUGCGCGACGCAGAGCAGUUUGCCCAUCAGCACGGCCUCGUAGAGCAUGUCGAGCUCAUCCAGCGCGGUGCGCUGGUCGCACAGAACCAGAGCGGCUUCCAGUCCAUCCCCGACCUUUCCGACGAGGAGAAGGCGGCGCUCGUGCACGAGGUCACGCACAAGUGGAGCCACCCGUUUGUCAUGUAUGCCACCAUCUUUUGCUGCUCCAUUGGUGCUGCCACGCAAGGGUGGGAUCAGACUGGUAGCAACGGUGCAAAUCUCUCCUUCCCCAAGGAUUUCGACAUCAGCACCGAGAAGGGCAAUCCAAACGCGUACAACAAUACAUGGCUCGUCGGCGCCGUCAACGCGGCGCCUUACAUUGGGUCGGCGCUCUGCGGCUGUUGGCUCUCCGAUCCGCUGAACAACGCAUUUGGCCGCCGCGGCUGCAUUUUCAUCACUGCCGUCAUUCUCGUCAUCACACCGAUCUGCUCAGGCUUCACGCGCAAUUGGUGGGAGCUGUUUAUCGUCCGCUUCCUCCUUGGCAUCGGCAUGGGUGCUAAGGGCUCCACCGUCCCCGUCUUUGCUGCCGAAAACUCACCCGCGCGCAUUCGCGGAGCGCUCGUCAUGGGCUGGCAGCUCUGGACCGCAUUCGGUAUCUUCCUCGGGACAUGCGCAAACGUUGUCGUCAAGGACGUCGGAAAGAUUGCCUGGCGGCUGCAGCUCGGCAGUGCUUUCAUCCCUGCGCUCCCGCUCGCGAUCUUCAUCUACUUCUGCCCCGAAUCGCCGCGAUGGCUGAUGAAGAAGAACCGAUACGCGGAAGCGUUCGAGUCGCUCGUCCGCCUACGCCACAACAAGAUCCAGGCCGCGCGCGAUCUGUAUUACAUCCACACGCUGCUCCAGGAAGAGAGAAAGAUCAUCCGCGGUACCACGUACGUACAGCGUAUCGCCGAGCUCUUCACCAUUCCGCGCGUCCGCCGUGCAACAAUUGCCUCUGGCGUUGUCAUGCUUGCGCAGCAGAUGUGCGGCAUCAACAUCAUUGCGUUCUACUCGUCAACAAUCUUCGAACAGGCCUACGGGUCCGUCGAUAAGGCGCUGUACGCAUCGCUUGGCUUUGGCGCUGUCAACUUUUUCUUUGCCUUCCCCGCUCUUUUCACCAUUGAUACCUUUGGACGCCGGAAUCUGCUUCUCUUUACCUUCCCGCAGAUGGCAUGGUGCUUGCUCGGCGGAGGACUGUCGUUCCUCAUUCCGUCGAAUGCCGACGGCACUCCGGGUCCAGGCCGUGUCGGUGCGAUCUCCUUCUUCGUUUUCCUUUUCGCGGCGUUCUACUCGCCAGGAGAAGGCCCCGUGCCAUUCACGUACUCUGCCGAGGUCUUCCCCCUGGCGCAGCGUGAGGCCGGCAUGAGCUGGGCGGUAACUGUCUGCCUCGGCUUCGCUGCCAUUCUCUCUGUCACGUUCCCCGCCAUGCUUGACGUCAUGACGCCGACCGGCGCGUUCUGCUUCUACGCUGGGCUCAACGUCAUCGCGUUCGUCAUGAUAUUCUUCCUCGUACCCGAGACCAAAGCGCUCACACUCGAAGAGCUGGACCAAGUCUUCGCAGUACCAACCGGCAAGUUUGCCGACUACCAACUCAACAAGGCCUUGCCGUACUUCUUCAAGCGCUGGGUGUUCUGGCGGAAGGACGCCAAGCUCGAGCCGCUCAUCAGAAUCGACGACACGCUCAUCGUCAAACCCGAUGCUUCCAAGGUCUAA